AUGUCACACUCCAAAGCCACGUCUGGCCAGACCGCGGCAGGGCACUCAAGUCUGCCUACCCAAACCAGCGUGUACAGCGUCGAUCGCUACGUGAGCGAGUCAUCCUCAUGGACAACAUUUGAGCAACGAUGCGACACUUCCAAGGCGGCCAACAACGAUCCAAUGCAUUCAGAACUCGACAGCCUAUUGAGACAAGCUCAGGACCAGCCAGGUUCAAGUAGCAGGUGA